CACAUGCACACUCCCAUUCAAUAUGUCAUUUUACUUGCACACACUGUUUGAAUGUGUAAAACAUACAUUAACUCUUGAAGAACCUAUAUUUACACAUAUGUAUAUUACAUGAUGUGCAUAAUACAAUAAUGGCAGCAUAUUAAUAAUUGAGGUUGAUUGUGUACACCCAAUAUACAUGUACAUACAUGUAUAUGUGGGUAGAUGUGUGGACAGUGUGGACAGACUACUACCAGCUGUUUGUAUUAUUCUAAUACACACAGCAACAUUAAUAUGUGUGUGUGUGCGCGCUCACUCCAUGUCAGUGAGAUAGGGUUGAUAUAUUAGCUCCACUAUCAUGCCAGGUUCAUGGUUAGACCUCACUAUAGUUGUGUUCAGAGUAGGAAGCUAUCCUUGCUGCUCUAGUCUCAUGCAAUCCUGGCACAGCACAACUUGUUGUGAAUGUACUCCUGCUGACUACUGGUAUGGCAGUUUGCUAAGCUGCAUUGUCUGCAGUGUAGUGCUUGUUUACAAUCAUGUUCUUGGGUUAUUUAUCAGGAGAGGAUCUGUGUCUUUGUUGUAGUAGAGUGAACAUUUCCUACUUUGAUGGCGUGGAUGUCACAGGAUUUAGCCAAGAUUGAACAUGAAGAUACAUGUAGCCUCAGCCAAACAUCCUUCUACUCGCUCAGAUUUUAUAGUUUGGGAUGGAAAUGUUUGGUAGAGUGUGUUCAGAUGAUGAUACAGAAAAUGAGAGUGAUACAGACUGUGCAGUGAUUCCUUGAUCUAAACUUUAACUGCAGUGGAAUUUUAAACUUUUAAUGUGCAAUAUCAUGAUCCAAAUAAAGGUUUGUCUGGUCGACACUCAUCAUUUUCAAAUUUGGGAUAAGCUUGAUUGAUGACACAGAAAGUGAGCAUUAGACACAUGGUCAACAUGCUGCGCCUACCCUCUAUCCGCAGUUCACGGGAAUCUCCGGGCUUGCCUAACGGAAUGGAGCCAGACAUUGUGGAAGUCCGUACUUACAUGUGCGGAAAUCUGGUGCUCCCAUGGCGUGAACGGCUCACUGUGGAGCAGGUAUGCAUAAAGGCAGCCAAGUUGUGUGGCAUUCCCCGUCUAACAAGCAAUCUCUUUGCACUCUAUGAUAAGACCAACAAGAAGUGGUUGUGCCCAAAGGCUCAAGUGUUUUCCAGGAGACAGAGAAAGUCAGAGCAGCUGGAGUACCGGGUGAGGUUUCAUACGGCCACCAUGUGUCCUUCAGGUGAUGCACAGGGGUUCAUGCUCUUGGAAGAGAAUGUUGUCAACUAUAUGUUUUGCCAGUACAGAGAGAGUUUCCUGAAUGACGAGUUCAUGGGGCUAAGCACUGAGGAAUCAUUAGGUCUUAUGGUACUGGACUUCAUGCAACAUGUCAAAGAGGACGGGACCUCGUUGACCAACCUGAACGGGAGAUUGCGCUUUGGGCGCUUCUUGCCAAAGUCCCUAAAUGAGGGGCUCUCAUGGUGGGACAAGAGAAAGUUGAGACGAAAAGUACGGACUGCUCUCACAGAUUUCCGCGAUGAUCCAAGAGAAACAUUUGCUUUCAGAGUGAUGUUUCUUGUGUCUCUUAGUGAAGAGAUGAAACAAGAGUGGGGAACUGAACAAUUUACGAUGGCAAAUGGAGAUAUCUAUGAAGUCAGUGGAGUCAAAGGAGUCACUAAGAAGAAGCUAACAUAUGGGGAUGAAGCUGUGCAGGACUCGUUUCCAUUUCAAGAUAUCAUUGACAUUACCAUCUACCCCUCUACUGCUGAGAGGGCACAUACGUUGUUACAAAUCAACCGCAGAUCCACCCCUCCUUUGAUUCUUGAGAUGGAAAGUCGUGACGAUGCAGAGUCCUUUGCUUGCCUUCUGGAUGGCUACUACCGUCUUCUUGUAGAUUACUAUCAUUACCUCAGUGAAACAAUUGCACCGCCCUCUCUUGUCAGACUAGUCAAGAAUAGAUGCCAUGGACCAAUUCCGCUCUCCAAAGCAAAGCAAAAGAUUGAAGAAACUGGUCGUCAAGAAGGUGUGUACCUAAUCCGUCAGAACCCUGAGGAUCAUUACAGCUACUGUUUGACUGUCAGGAUACAUGCUAAUCAAGAGCUUAAGAACUUCAAGAUUAACUGUUAUGAAGAUGAUGAUCAAGUAGGUCUUGACAAUCAGCGUAGGUUCAACUGUCUGAGGUCUUUUGUGGAGUUCUACCGUAGCAGAGAAAAUAGCUGGUGCUUGGAGGGACAACUAAGGAAAGGCGUUCCAAUAGAACCCAAAGAUCCAGCAUUGCGUAUCUUAGACCGAUCAGCCUUGAAUGUAGACCUGCCAUCUCAACCUGAGACAGGUCCAAUCCGCUGGAUCCAGGAAAACAAUCUCUCGUCCAGGACUAACUGGAGACAUCUUGAUGAUGGUGACUUCACUGAGGUGUGGGCAGCAGAUCUACGUAAGAAGGUUGGCAAUAGGCCUCGCAAGAUGAGGGUAGCUAUCAAGUGCCCCAAGAUGGAUGCUCCACAGAGUGUUCAACAGAAAUUCAGUCAGUCUGUAGACCUGAUGUCUUCAUGGGUUCAUAAGCAUAUCAUCCGAUUUGAGGGUAUCGGUGCUGGCUAUAUGCUAGUCAUGGAGUAUGCAUCGGAAGGACCAUUGGAUCAUUAUCUUCGUAGUCUGCUCGAGAAUGAGAGAAAGAGACUUGGUCUUAAUAGUCAGCUUCAUGCUGCCUUUCAACUCAUCGAUGCCCUCGAAUACUUGGAAUCGAGGCGAAUCGUCCAUGGUAAUGUGAGUGCUCACAACACUCUUGUGUUACGCCCUGCUCCUAACAUGCACAUCAAGUUAGCUGAUCCCAUGCUUGGUGUGUACUAUCAUAGUCUGGAGAUGACCAGCCGACCUAAACUAGAAAGGGUGCGAUGGACAGCCCCUGAGCUGUUAGCAACCAACUCUGAACCAACCCUAGCAGGUGAUAAGUUCAGUUAUGCUAUCACUCUCUGGCAGAUCAUGUCACAUGGAGCAAUACCAGCUGAGAAUCUAAGUGAUGAAGUGGUAAGGGAUAACUACAGGCAUGGUGUACGCUUAGAUGCACCUCCAGGCUGCCCUCAAGAACUACUGAAGAUCAUGGAAGCUUGUUGGUCUCAUAAUCCAAGGAAUAGACCAUCAUGUAGAGGUGUACUCAGGGAUGUCAAUAGCUUUCUCACAUCAUGCAGCGGGAAACCUGAGUUUGUUGAUCCACCAGAAGUUGAGAUGAUUCCCACAGAGAGUGAUGAUGAAGAUGAUCAUACUGAUCUGGACAACGUUGAUAAUGAGAGAAGGGACACUGUCUCACCUCCCAACGGCUCAGGUUUGGGUGAAGGAGGUGGAUCAGGUCCUGGAGGAUCAGGAGAGGGAGCUACAGGAGGAGCCUCCAUCUUAGUGGAGAUAGAAUCAGUGCUCAACCCCACAGAGGAAGAUGAUAUCCUUGAUCCUGAUGAAGAGACCAAGUUCAUUGGAGUUAAUAGAAUACCAGAUGGUCAGCUCAAGAAGGAGGAAAGAUUAGGAUCAGGUCAUUUUGGGAUGGUGUUCCGCGGAGUGUUGAUGCCUCGUCAGGGUAUCCCUGCUGAGAUUGUAGCUGUUAAGGUGAUUAAGAAUGAUAGUCGAUCAGAUCAGUUCCAGCAAGAGAUCAGAGCUAUGUCUUAUUGUGAUCAUAAGAACAUUGUCAAGGUUCUUGGAUACUGUGAAGACAAUUCCAAUCGCCUUUCUCUUGUCAUGGAGUACUUCCCCUUGGGAUCUCUAGAGAAGUACCUCAGAGAAAAAAAGGACAGAGUUUCUCACAAAACACUCUACUUGUUUGGCCAGCAAAUAUGCCAGGGCAUGAAAUACCUACAUGAGGAGAGGAUGAUGGUACAUAGAGACCUUGCUGCUAGGAAUGUCUUAGUCUCUAAUGAGAAUGAGGUCAAGAUCACAGACUUUGGUCUGGCUCGUAUCUUUGGGACAGAAAAAGAUUACUACCGGGCUAAGGAAAGCAGUCAGAAGGUCCCUAUCAAGUGGUAUGCACCUGAAUGGCUGAGACAUCAGAAAUACCAGAAGGAGAGUGAUGUGUGGAGUCUUGGUAUUGUGCUCUGGGAGAUGUUCUCAUAUGGUCAAGAUCCAAUCUACCAAGAUUCCAAAGGGCGAAGAGUAGAGCAUAUUGAACUGUUAGAUUUCUUUGAGAAAGGCAUGCGCCUGACACAUCCCCCAUCCUGCCCAGCAGCCAUUGAGACCAUGAUGAACGACUGCUGGGAGAUGGAUCCACUCAAAAGACCAAAGUUCCAAUCCAUGAUUGUGAGGCUUGGGAUCCUGGUACAGAACUCUGAGAGAGGCGAAAUGGGAUCCUCAUCCUCCUCUUACGGUCUAUAGCCAUCGUUUGUAUCCCUUAUCCUCCUCUUACGGUCUAUAGCCAUCGUUGUUAUCCCUCAUCCUCCUCUUACGGUCUAUAGCCAUCGUUUGUAUCCCUCAUCCUCCCCUAAUGGUCUAUAGCCAUCGUUUGUAUCCCUCAUCCUCCUCUUACGGUCUAUAGCCAUCGUUGUUAUCCCAGCUCAACUCCUGUCGAGUUAGCCCAGCAGAAGGAAACAAACCAAAGUCAUAUGUCAUGCUGCACUCUGAACUCUGUGAAGCGGGAUGUCUUCAUUCUACCAGUCCUACAUAUAACCAUUGCAACAAAGCUUUUGGUGAAUCAGCACAGGUGAAGGGUUUCAAGCAGACGAUGACAAAAAGACAAACAUUGUGAGCAGAAGUAUUCUUUGCCUAAACAAAACACUCCAUGUGCCAAUAACAAGCAUGAGCGACUGAAGAAAACAAAAGAUACAAGGGCAAUCCUGGGGUUCCAUAAGGCCAGGUUUUGCUCAGUUUAGACCAAGACUAAACACUUACCUGUCAAGAUGCUGUACUGUGUUACAUAGCAUCAUUGUUGUCUCAAUGAACUGUGUAUCAUACAAUGCUAGACUGUGGAAACCAGCAAGGAAACCAGAAAGCCUGCAAGUCUGAUACAGCUCUUAUGCUAUGGAUAGAGUGUUACACCUUAUGAACUAUUGUGUCACCUCUAAAUAUGAGAUGUUACACAAAAGAACCCAUCAUUGAAAUAGCAAUGACACUGACCAUAUUUAUCAACCUUUCAGUCUAUUCUAAGAGUGAGAUAUUAAUGAUCAAUGAUGUUUACCAGGACCUUCAGAAGCAACCACAUUACAUUGUUCUGUAACAUUAUGGUGAUUAUAAAAAAAAUCCUUUGAUUGCUACAAUCCAUGAGAAGUUGAUGUGCAUCAUGUACUUGAAUGAUAGGCGAUAUUGGGUUGUCCUGGUAAAACGACAGUUAAGUUGUUUUUUUUAAAUGAAGAGGCUAUGUUUUGAGUCACUCAGUAGAGUGUUCUGUGAAACACAACUGAGUGAGUUCUUUUCUCAGACUUAAAUAUUUUGUGUACUCUUGAUCAUAGAGUGCAUGUGGAGGGCCUACGAUUUAACCAUGAAUAUGGAUACUAGCGACGGGUAUGAAAAUUGAUUAGGAAUUAAUUAAAAGGAAGGAAAGCUUACUUAUUCUAUGUGCAUAUGAACCAAGUUUGAUAUUGUUUAGUUCAGAAUUCCACUGACUUCAAUGUGAACAUACUCCCUAACACAACAUCAUAAGACAAGCUGGAAGGUUUAGAUGUUAAUCAACUAUAAAGUAAGAGUGAUCGGCUCGCACCACAACGUGUCACACUUCAAGGGAUUGCCUUAUCGCUGUAUUUACGAGCAGGUUGACCUUCAUGCUUAUGCAUUGGUUUUUAUUGUGGUGUGUCUUUUUAUAUGUCAGCCUGCCAUGUAUUACCAUUUUCCUUGGAGCAAGGGGUUUGGGAGUAGCAUAUCUAGUGCUAGUAUAUCCAUGAUUUAACUUGGGUGCUGCAAGUAGAGAUAGAUGGAUUUACAUAUAAUGUAACACACUUGUAACAUCCCUUUGAAUGAAAAAGCUGCAUCGGGUAGUAACCAAAGACAAACCCUUCAUCUGAUAAUCUUCUAUACUUUCUGGUUCUCUUUUUUUUGGUAUGCUUCAGUCCACUGAAGGUGGAGGUUUUCUGUCCGUCCAUACAUCCUGCUGUCUUGCUAUCUAAAAAACCACUUGAGGUAUGACCUUCAAAGAUGGUGAUAGUAUUUACUCAUCAUAGGAAGAUGAUCUGAGUAGAUUUAGGGGUAAAUAGGUCAAAGUAAAAAGAAUUGUUAAAGGUAAUUUUCUGAAAUACCAGGUUUUAGCCUCAUUUUAAGAACCACUUCAAUUCUGAACUUCACACCUGGUGAUAGUGUUUAUAAAUCUGUAUACAUGCUGUUGUUUGAGAAGCUAUACUGCAACUCUUCUUAGUCCAGGCAUAUAGUACACCAUGGGUAGCUGUUUAAUAUAUGAGAACAAGACAGAUUACUAAUGGAUUUAGAUUGUUUCAAUGAAAGAUAUCAUCAUUUUUUGACAGGGAGCAGCUGACAUAGUAGCCACACCAUGUCUGAUCAUUAUAGUUAAAAGUAUUCACUGUAUAUGAUGUGGCUAUCUAUCUAUGUGAUGGUAAGCAAUGAUGUACAGAGAGACCCUACAGUACACAGAUAAACACCUAAUCACUCCUAUAUAAAGAGAAUUGUACAUCAUUAUACAAAAGUAAGAAGAAAAAAAAAAAGUUAGCUCAUCUAGGCAAAACAAAAUAUGAUUUUAUCAUGAUAUCGAUAUUUUGCUUUGUAUGCACAAUUUAACUGUCCACUCAACAAUAUCAUAUCAUCGACUUUAAAUACCAUAGGCAGGGAUACUGUGCAUCAUAUUGAAGUAAAUAGAUACAUUGUUGCAUUUGUCUUGAGACCAAGUGAUUAUGUAGUAUUUCAUGCAGUGUACCAUUUCUUGUCAGAGUCUUGUGUAAUUUCUUUCAGGAGUGCUUUUGAUGAAAUACAUAUGUUUUACAUAUUAUGAAAGGAAGAUAUUUAGAUCUACAUGUAUGUAUUUUUCUAUGUGAGAUGUUAUGUUUUAUGUAUGAUCUUAUCUGUAAAGGGAAGGUGAGUGUCACAAGGCUGUUAUGUUGAUGGCCUGGACAGAUACUAAAGUCAAAUUUGAAUGCAAGGGGACCAUAGCUGAACAUUGAAUGGUCAGAAUUAUUCUAUUUUUGAUUGCAGUGUGAAGGAAUGGGUUUGAUACGUUUCUUAUUGAUGUUUGAAUUGUAUAAAUGACAGACAGGUGUUUGAUCACAUGUGAAGUUUGGCGCUCAUAUGGGAUAUUUGCAGAUAGUUAUUACCUACCGGUACACAAUUUACUCUUCAAAUGGGAUAUGUACUGUACAUUGUUAUUGCAUACUCUCAUAGUAAACCCUGUCAAGACAUCCUUCUUCAGGAGUUGUUAUAGAGCACCAUUUCAAACAAACCUGAAUGUCUUCAUUUUCUCAAAAAUGUAAUUUGAUUUACAGGUCUGAUUGUCUGCAAGAGGUGGGAGGGGGGAGGGGGUAGCUCUAUACUUCUUGUAUAUGUAGAUAUACAAAUUAUACAUGUGUAUAUGUGUACCAUAGCCCUCUUUUAAAUGUACAGUAUGUAUGUUGCCACAGAAUUGCAAUAUGUAAUGGUAUAGUACAUGUGAAGUGUUUUUGUGAUGUAAUGUGUACAUGCAUAGUUUCUCCUGUUUCUAUGCUAUCGUGUCAUUUCAAAACUGAUUUACCUGUAAAACAGUUUAUUGGUAUUGGUUAUGUUUACUAAGUGGCCUACUAACUGUGUGGCAUGUAUUUUUGUAUGGUCUUUUCAAUUUGAAAUCAAGUAAUCAUCAAAUGAACUAGUAUAUUGGAGCUUCAUUUUUGUUGUCAAUCGCAUGAAGACAGUUCAGUAAUCUUGUGAAUACUGGCACUGUUUCCUAAAUGUUCUCAAUGCUUAACAGCAAAAUCAGUAUUAUUUUCAUGAUUUAGGUUACAGUGCCCAAGUAGUGACAACAUCCAUGAUGGCUCAAUAUACUGACUCAUAAUCAUAAUCUUUGAGAGCACAUUCCAAAGGCUUUGACAGUUUACACUGUCAUAGGCCUUUGUCAGGUCAAUGUAUCAUGUAUCAUAAAAGAAUAUGAGUCAGACCAGAGCAAAAGAUCAAGAAUGUUGAAAGAAAGAGGGAAGUAGCACAGAUAUUUUUGCAAAUCCAAUGUAUUUGUUCAUUUUGUGUCCCAUAUCAAAGAUACCAAGUUAAUUAGUAUCAGCGGUAUCACUGAACCAAGCUCUAGUACAGCUGCUUUAGGAACUCAUCCAUUCAUCUAAUACAUAUAUAUUCAUUAGUCAUUCAUUGAUGUACGUGGUAAUACAUAUUCUCAUAGGAAAAUUUGAAAAAGGAGUUGUAAUGUUGAUUUCUUUUUUAGCUCAUGAUUUAAUAAUGAAACAAUGAAGUUAAUGAUUUAUAGAUAAUCUGUUUAGUAUGACAUCCAGUAAUCACCAACAAGCGAUGUCAAAUGCUACCACUUGCAUAAAAUUAUGUAAUACCUCAUGACUAUUUUCUUCUUUUCUUUAAGAAGAAAAAGUGAUAUGAUCUUUAAUACCGACUUUAAUGUAUGUUUCUUCAAAUUUCCUAUUUGUUUUGUCUUCCCAGAAAACUACACAUGUUGACAGUGACUAUAUAGAGGAGAUAUUAUAGUAAGGUAUUGAAUAGUAGUCUAUUUGAUUAAAGUAUAGCACAAUUGCAGGAUUUAGGUUAUUAAUGAACCUGUUGAUGGAGCCUCCUAAUAGAGGAAUGAAAGAACAAUGCUGUCCUGUUAAAAAGAUGUUAAUCCUCUAAUAGUUACUAUAUUCUUUUGAUCCCUUGUGUGCUGAAGUUUCCUACUUUUCUUUCCCUCUUUUCUUGUAUGAGACCAAGGAAUCAGCCAGUACAGAAUUUAUUAUUUUUCUAUAUUUUAGGUUAUCAUAUUUUGCUUUGUUUUGAAUGGGAUAUUAUUGGCAAUAUCUCCUACUCUCCCAUUAUUUAUUGCAAGCUCUCUUUCCAGAACCCCCCCCCCCCCCCCUUCCACAACAAAUAUCAAAUAUUUGAUGGAAAGAAGCAUUUAUUGUUGUGUUGGGGUUUUUGUUUGGUGCGACCCUAAAUACAUGUCUAUGUGAUGAUAAUUUUUUUUUGAUAAUUCAAACAAAUCAUGGAUGAUAAAUCUUCAAUCAGGGCUCGAAUUUGGCGGUGGCCCGGGGCCAAUGGCCACCUGAAAUGGCGUCGGGCCACCUGAAAUCACCGACUAGGUGGCCCGGGUAGCCACCAAAAAAAUUAAAUAAAAUUAAAAAAAUAAAAUUAUUUUUUUUAUUUUUUUUAUUUUUUUAAUUUUUUUUAAUUUAUCGAUGUACUGGGGCCCAGAGGGUUCUAGACGACCUUUUAAACGCAUGUAACAAUGUCUAGAACCCUCUCAAAAAAUCUUGUCCCUAAUCAAACUCAGCUGAUUUUUUUUUUUUUUUUUAACCACAAAUUUGCCGAUUUUUAAAUAUCCGGGCCACCUGAAAUUCCAUUUGGCCACCCAGAUCUCCUGCUCAAGUGGCCCUGCUGGCCACCUCGACAAAAAGUUAAGGGCAAGCCCUGUCAAUGCAUUAAUUGUGUGUCAUGUGCAUAUCAUGAUGAAGUUAAUUGGGAUAAGUGAUAAUGAGAUUUAGUGGACAUCUAUGUGUUGAGUGUCAUAGAGUAUUAGACUUACUGUAAUUGAUUGUGGUUGCAUGUUCUGUAUUAAUGUUUUGUAUUUGAAAAAUAUAUACACCAAUAUGUGGCAUAUAUAUGUAUGAUAAAGUGCAUUUCGCUCUGGCAUUAUGAGUGUCGUGUACACACAAUAUUUUUGUGCUUUUGUUGAUCAAAGAUGAAAUAUAUUAUUAUGAUUCUAUCUCACAUUGUGAAACCAAAAUAUAAAUUGAUAUAACACUAAA